AAGUUGUCCUGUCCAAUCAGAUAUGAUGAAAUGCACCCCUAGUGAAUAGUGUAGGAAACAUGAUUUGAAAAGUUUGAACAAACCGCAUAUAUUAAAUUAUGGUUACGGAUGUGACUUCCAUUGUUAAAUGUUUCAUUAAUUAUUUAAUUUAUGGAUACAAGUGGUGUUGGUAUGCACUAUUUUAAUUGUUGUUUGUGUGAAUCAUUGAAUGCAUUUGUGGUUUUUGGAAUUGGAAGCAGUAAUCUCAUUGAAGAAGAACAAGAACAAGAUGUUGGUUUGGUUUCACUUGUACUUUCUCCAUUGAUCACAUUAUUUAUUUAUUUAUUUAUUCCUUUUUGUUCUCUGUUGCAUUUCUAUUGUUGAUGCUUCUUUGGAUUAAUAAUAGUAUUAGAUAAAUUCGUGAUGUGUUUUGUUAUGUUGUUACUGUUUUGUGUUUCAGGAAAUAGUUACUUGCAUUUCAUACAUGGCUUUUAAUCUAUGGAGUUCAUCUUUUGAUCAAGUUUCCUAUGAUGGUAACUACUCUGAGUCUUGAGUGCCACUAUGAUUACUUUCACUGUGGAUAUGAUGAGAUUGAAGAACAUGCCUUGAAUGUGGAAUCAUGUGUUCAAGUUUUGAGAAUUUUGAACACCAAGGCAGAUGUUGAAAUUGAGAAACUCGAAAAUGAUCUCUUGUGCCUUGAGAAUGAUUUGGCCUGUAUUGAGCAUGAAAACUGGCCUGAAAUUUGUUGUAGUGCUUUGACCAAAAGAAUCGACCAACUUGACGCUGCGGUCACCACUUUAAAGAGUGAUCAUACCGAUUAUGUAGCGAUGCAGGUCCUAUUGCAUAGUAAACCUGCUGAGACACUUCAUGAAAUAAUGAAGGCUUUACUUGAAGAUCAUCGGCAAGAUUCACAUGGCAAGCAUCUAGAUGAGAACAUCCUGAAUGUUACUGAACAUGCACCAGACAAUGGUAUCAUAAGGGAGGGAGGAGGUGAAGAUUUUAAAACUUCAGAAAACUCUCAAAGCUCAGAACUUCUUUUUGAGCUUCAUGUAAAGGGAUCGGAUGAUCCCGAAAAACCCGAGGAAUUUCUAGCAAUAUCUCUGGUGAGAAGUCCUGAUGCGGGGGUUGUUGGCUAUGUACCUUACCGCUCUGAGAAGAUGGUAUUAUCUGAUACAUUAGACGAAGAUGUCAGGCAAAGCCAAUUCGCUACUACAGAUACGUGUGAUCAAAGCUUGAAUCUGGUUUUGCCCAAGGAAGAAAAUGUCUGCUCAGAUGAUUAUAGACUUGCAAAUAUCGAAGGGAUGAAUAUGUAUUCUCAUUCCAGAUUUGGUAUUGGCCAACAAGAAGAAAGUGAAAAUUCUGAUUUAGCUAAUAACCUGCAUGAUUUUGUUCCAAAAACUGCAAGAAGAGCCUACGGGGAAGAAUACAAUGCUGCUCCGGAUGAAGAUUUGGUACCCCUACAAACUGUUUAUCCUCUAAAUUUUUGUUUUUCUGAUACAGAAUCAGAAUUUGAUGUUAACUUCAGCAAGUCCUUUGAACAUUUCCCUUCAAAGUUGAAAGCUCGGGAAAAGAAGAAACCUGAAUUUGAGGCAUGUCUUGCUAGAGAACCACUUAACAGUCCCACAUCAGUUAUUCCAAGUACGUCUAUGAAUGUAUCAACCAAGAGGCAGCGUAAACCGGAAACAUGGACUGCUUAUACAGUCUUAAACGAGCCGACGAACAGUAAAAUUACUUGGAGGGCGAUGCAACCGGGCCAGGAUGAAAUUGAUGGUAAUGAUGUUGUUCUUUAUGACAGUGACUACGGAUCAACCAAGAGGCAGCGGACACUGAAAAGUCGUCCUGCUGGUACGAUCGUAAUUGAUGAUAAUGCUAUUGUUCUUUAUGAAGGUGGCAUAACAAAUUCAGAUAGGGUUCCGACGGAUAAUGCAAGCCAAUAUAAUGGCAAGGAGCUUUCGUUGGUGGAUUACCAUAAUGAGAGAUCACAAACCUUAAUGAAAGAGACAUUGGUCGUGUUGAAGUCCAUGGCAAAGAAGCACAAAAUAAAAGGUUACUAUAAGCUUAAUAAAGCUGAUUUGGUUGAAGAAUUAGUUAAGCAAUUCAGUAGCCGUUGAACUUACCAUCUUCCGGUUUAAUAGUGGUAGCUCAUUUUGUCAUGUUUUCUAGGCAUCAUUUUUUUGGUUAGGUCCGGUGCUUCCAUGGAAUUUGAUUUAGGUUUCUAACAUAGUUGUUGAAAAUGUGUUGGCAAGCUAAAAUGAAUCUUGUGACAAGAUUUUGUUCAACCUAUUGUAUAUGAAAGAAGGUACAGAU